GGAGGGGAGUGGGUGACCCAGUCUGACAGCAACAAGUCACACUCCAACUCCUUUCACCUGCCUACUGUUUGAUUCUUAUCUGUUUUUUUCAAGAGUUUGUAUCUGAACAGAAGCCUGAUGUGACUUAGAGAAUAGCUUUGCUGUUUGGAGAUGGUCGUGUGCUUCAUGGCUGAGACUACAGCUCUGUGAAGUUGCAGUUGGAGUCGUCCAUGUGCCAGUUGGAGGAGCCAGAGGCCAAACUGGGCCUGAACAGCCCUGACCCUCUGGUAAGAGAGGCUUUCCUGAUGGCCUAUGACUACAUAGACUAUGUAACCACAGGGGGGGCAGAUGGAACCAUGGGUCCUGCCCCCACAGCUUGCACCGCUGCCUUACGCCACGCUGGAGAUGAGCUCCUCAACCGAUUCCCCAUCUUCUUCCGGCGUUGGCCUCGUAUCUUCCAGGACGUGACGGAGAACUCGGCCUGUCCCAUGCUCACCAGCAUCCUAGACGAGCACUUCUUCCCUCCGGUCCCUGGGGGGCGGCGCAGGGAGCUGGCCUGGAGCGCUGUGCUGUCUGUGUAUGUGCUGGCUGGACAGAUGGCUCUGCACUGCCAUGAGAAGGGCAUGAUGGGAGUCCUGCCUCAGCUGAAGGAGAGUGUGGGGGCGUAUGUGGAGAGGGUCAUCUGCCCUGACAUACGAGAUAAGGGAGGAUGGAGCGGUUUUGUGUCCCGUUUUGGACAGAAGCAGGGUUUGGAGAGCCAGGUGAAGAAGGUGUGCUGUUGGACUCUGCUGGCUUUGGCUGUGAGCAUCCUCACUUACUGCGUGUGGAAGAGAAUGGUUUAGCCAACACUGCCACCUAGUGGCCACGACUACAAACUGUAUGACAGUGAGCCACACUGUGAUGAAGCCAAGAGACUGUUUGAUCAGAAACAACAUGGAUAAUCAGCUAAUUCCCCCUGACAUUAAGAAUUAUUUAUAGAUAAUUCACUGCAUACCACAAGACAUAUAAACAUCAAAGUUUUAGGCUCAGGCAUGAGAAAGAAACAUUUCUAAAAAGAAUGUUUUUCAUUAUUCACCUGGAGAAAAAUCAAAAUGAGAAUAAAAUCAAAAGGUUAAGAAUUAUAAAGCUGACUUUUUCCCUUACAAAUUUGUCUUCUAUCAUUUUCCUCUAUACUAGUAAUUUAACAUUGAGGUUAUGUGUAAUUUAAGACCUUUAAGGCAGCAAGUGUUUAGGUCAGAUCUAAAAUUUGGCAUUCACACCAAGCUAAAUUUUGGUGCCCUAAGCAACUGUGUAAGUUGAAAUUUCAUGGACACAGGAUCAAUACAGGGAUUUCACCCCUCCCAAACAUUUGCAUUUCAAGAGUUUGAAGGAUAGU